AUGGGUGACGAAGGUUCUAUUCAAGAUUUCGAAGUUGAAUGGCGUGGGUUUUUAGAGAAAUUUCAUGCGGAUAACGAUGCUACCAAACAGCGCAUGCAUAAGGUGGAUAUAUUUCCUGACAAAAAUAUCGUCUGCUUUGUUCUUUACGAUACAUUUUCUUUCGAUGAAUGUCAAUUUUUAAUCAAUUCAAUAGAAAACAUCGGAUUUAACAAACUCUUAUACGGAAACAAUUAUCGCACGAAUACACGAACUCAGAUAACUCAACGAAGCCUUGCCGAUGAAUUUCUUCUCCGUGUAAAAGAAUAUCUUCCCGAACAAUGGCCAGGCAAACUAAAUACAUCUUAUUGGGAGUUGUUGAAUCUCAAUGAGCGAAUCCGAAUUUGCAAAUAUGAACCUGGUCAAUAUUUUGCACCUCAUUAUGAUGGAAUUUACAAACGAUCGUAUAUGGAACAAAGUCAAUUGACUAUUAUGGCGUAUCUUAACGAAGAAUUCACAGGUGGGCACACCAACUUUCUAGAUGCCACUUCGAAACCACACGCGAUCACUCAUGCAUUGGAGCCGAAAACAGGAAUGGUUUUAAUAUUUGAACAUCAACUAUUUCAUGAAGGUGAAGCGGUAAUUACUGGCAAGAAAUAUAUCAUGCGAAGUGAUGUUAUGUACAAACGAGUAUUAAGUUCACCAAUGUCCGACAAAGAACGUGAAGCACGAGAUUUAGUCGCUGUAGCUGAACAGCAUGAAGACCAAUCGAGAUUCGAAGAAGCCACUAAAUGCUAUCGAAAAGCUUAUAAACUAUGGCCUGAUUUAGAAAAAGAAUAA